AUGUCCUCUGCCGCUUCUUCAGGUCAGGCAGACGACCUUGGGCUGAUUUUCCAAAAUCUCAAGUCGCGCAGCGCGGAUGUCCGGUUACAGGCCGCGAAGGAAUUGCGACGCUAUGUCUCGAAUACCGUCGCCGAGAUGUCCUCGGACGCUGCAGCCAAAGUAUGGGACGAUACCAUUAACAGGAGGCUGUUCGAUCUGGUGCACGGCCAGAAUAACUGGGAGAAGUUGGGAGGGAUAACAGCCAUCGACCACCUGCUGGAUGUCGAGGGGGAGGAUAUCGAAUCCCGGAGGAACCUCUUCCGGUUCUACAACUAUGUCAAGUUCCUCCUCCCCAACUCCGACAUCAACGUGAUGCUCGCCGCCUCCAAGACGCUCGGCCAGAUAGCAGAAAUCGGCGGGGCGGCGUUCGGCGAGCGCUUCAUGGAAUUUGAGGUCUCCGCCGCCAUCGAGCUACUCCAGUCCGACAAGCAGGAGCCAGGCCGCUACGCGGGCGUGCUCAUCUUGAAGGAGCUCGCACGGCACAGCCCGAUAUACUUCCACUCGCACAUUGGGGUCGUCUUUGAUAAGAUCCUCGUGCCCCUGCGGGACUCCCGAGUGAUUGUUAGGGAGGGGGCCGCCGAGCUGCUGGCUGCAUGUCUGGAGAUAGUGAUGCAGCGCGAGAGACAGACCUUCAGCCCGUAUCUCCUGCAGAUCUUCCAGGAUGCUCAGCUUGGCUUGAAGAUGAGCCAGCCGGAGGUCAUCCAUGGGUCACUCCUGACCUACCGCGAACUGCUGUUACACGGCGGAAUGUUCAUGAAAGAGACGUUCCUGGAUACUGCGGAACAGAUCUUGAAGUUUAGGUCACACCGAGAUGCGCUGGUGCGGAAGAUGGUGAUAACACUGAUUCCCACUCUCGCGUCGUACGACACACAGACAUUCUGCGAACACUUCCUCCACAAAGCCAUGAGCCAUCUCUUGACACAAUUGGAUAAGCCGAAUGAACGGUCUUUUGCGUUUGUCGCUAUCGGACACGUUGCAACUGCCGUUGGAAGCGAGAUGAAACAAUUUCUCGAGCCCAUUAUGGCACAAAUCAAGCAAGGCCUCCAAAAUAGAGGGAAGAAGAAUGCUCCUCCAGAGGAAGCGCUCUUCCAAUGCGUGGGCAUGCUGGCUACGGCCGUCGGGCCCAACUUGACCAAGUUGCUACAUGACCAACUGGAUUUGAUGUUCAGCUGCGGACUGAGCGAGCCAUUGCGACAGGCGCUUGUGGCCAUUGCUCGGCACAUAACCCCGCUUCUGAAGACUAUUCAAGGUGCGUAUCCUGCCGGCACGGCAAAAACCCCAGAACUUAUCACGUUGGCGCUGACAACCUUAGGCACUUUCGACUUUAGCGGUCAUGUAUUGAACGAGUUCGUGCGCACUUGCGCCCUGCCGUACUUGGAGGACGACCAUCCAGAAGUCAGGCGGGCGGCUGCUUUGACGUGCUGUCGACUCUUCAUUCGCGACCCCAUCUGCUACCAAGCCAGCAAUCAUGCCAUCGAGGUCAUCAGCGACGUUCUCGACAAGCUUCUGACUGUGGGGAUCGCUGAUCCAGAUCCGACCAUCCGUCAGACGGUGCUGUCGUCGCUUCAUGAACGUUUCGAUAAACAUCUGGCACAAGCAGAGAAUGUGCGGUCGUUGUUCAUCGCGCUCAACGAUGAAGUGUUCAAAAAUCGAGAAAUUGCUGUUGGGCUCAUAGGCCGAUUAGCGAUGCAUAAUCCUGCCUAUGUCAUGCCUUCGUUGAGGAAAGCGCUUAUCCAACUAUUGACAGAGUUGGAGUAUUCCACUGUAACCCGAAGCCGAGAGGAAUGUACCCGACUCCUGACGUCUCUCAUAGCGGCUACGCAACGACUCAUCAAACCAUAUGCUGUCCCGAUGUUAAGAGUCCUUUUACAGAAGGCUAACGAUGCGAACGCGAGCGUCGCCGCUAACGUCAUCAUGUGUCUCGGGGAGCUGGCUUGCGCUGGUGGUGAAGAUGUUCUUCCUCACGUUCCUGAGCUUAUGGAAGUCAUCAUUGCCAAACUGUCUGAUCCAUCGUUGGCCAAGCGAGACGCGGCGAUCUGCACGCUGGGUCAAGUGUGCUCGAGCACUGGAUAUGUUAUAACUCCACUCGUGGAUUAUCCGCAACUUCUCCCGCUGCUGGGUAAGAUUUUGAAGACGGAACAGGCUCCGCAUGUCAGGAGAGAUGUUGUCAAGGUCCUGGGUAUUCUAGGUGCACUGGAUCCGUACCGGCGAAAGACUAGGCCAGGCGAUGAAGCAGGAGACGAGAAGUCUGUGGCAGCGGUUAAUGCCAUCCCGCUCACCCAGAGCAACACGACUGCCGCGUCUGAUGAUUACUACCAAACCGUGGUCAUCAAUGCAUUGCUCAAUGUGCUCAAGGAUCAGUCUCUCAGCAGUCAUCAUCAUACCGUAAUCGAAGCAAUCAUGUCUAUAUUCAAGACGCAGGGUCUGAAAUGUGUCACAUUCUUGCCUCAAAUUAUCCCUGCGUUUGCACUAGUCACUAGAAUCUCUCCCGCGAGAGUUCAAGACUUCCAUCUACAGCAGCUUGCUAUUCUUGUGGGUAUAAUCAAGCAGCACGUUCGGAAUUACACACCCGAGAUCUUUGGCUUGAUCACGGAGCUAUGGGACAACUCGUCCUUGCAUCUGCCAAUUGUUUCCUUGGUGGAAUCCCUGGGUAAAGCUCUGGAUGCUGAAUUUAAGCCCUUCCUCCCGACUAUCUUGCCUCUCAUGCUCAAAGUCUUCGAUGGCGAACUAAACGACAAGAGAUCCAACACGCAGAUGAAAGUAUUCGACGCAUUCCUUACGUUUGGGGCUAACAUAGAGGAGUAUCUUCAUCUUGUUAUUCCAAUUAUCGUGAAGACCUAUGAGCGACCUGAGGCACCUACGGGGCUGCGGAAGCGGGCCAUACAGACCAUCGACGGUUUAUCGCGGAAGGUCAACUUCUCUGACCACGCAUCUCGGAUCAUUCAUCCGUUGAAUCGCGUCCUGGCCAGCGCCAGCAACGAGUUAAGGAUGACAGUCAUGGAUACGCUUUGUUCUCUGGUCGUGCAGUUGGGCUCCGACUUCGCCAUUUUUGUGCCCACGAUAAAGAAGUGCAUGGUCAAGCAUCGCAUCACCCAUCCGAAAUACGAGAAUCUCAUCUCCAAACUGUUAAACGGUGAACGCCUGCCUCAGGAGGCUGGAGUCCUGGAAAUUCUGAUGAAUGAAAGUUCUAAGGCCGCCGAGUUCUCCGCGCCUGCGGAAGCAUCUAAGAUGACAGUGAACCAACAACAUCUCAAGCAAGCUUGGGACGUGUCGCAAGUCUCUACCAAGGACGACUGGAACGAGUGGAUGCACCGACUGUCUGUGGAGUUCAUGAAGGAGUCUCCGUCUCACGCACUUAGGGCAUGUAUGAGCCUUGUGGAUAUUCAUCAACCCCUCGCCAAGGAACUAUUCAACGCGGCAUUUAUUUCUUGCUGGAGCGAGCUCUACGACCAGUACCAGGAAGACCUCGUGCGCUCCAUUGAGUAUGCUAUCACAUCCAAUACGGCACCUUCCGAGUUGAUUCAUCGUUUGCUGAACCUGGCCGAAUUCAUGGAACACGAAGAGAAGCCCCUCCCUAUAGAAAACCGUACCCUUGGGGAGUAUGCUAUGAGAUAUCAUGCCUACGCGAAGGCACUGCACUACAAGGAACUGGAGUUCUUCUCGGAAACAUCCCCUACUAUCAUCGAAGCACUGAUAGGUAUCAACACCAAACUCCAGCAGCAUGACGCGGCUUGGGGAACUUUGCAGAUUGCUAAGGAGCAAUACGACGUAACCAAGCAUGAAGAGUGGUACGAACGAUUGGGACGGUGGCAAGAAGCUCUAGUCGCCUACGAGAAGAAGGCGGAAGAAGAUCCCGAUGCGCCUGAUAUCGCUAUUGGAAAGAUGAAGUGCCUGCAUGCGCUCGGCGAAUGGGAUCAGCUUGCAGCACAAGUCGAGGAGAACUGGGCUAAUGCAAGCCACGAGGAUCGCCGGGAAAUUGCACCGAUGGCAACUGCCGCUGCGUGGUCAUUGAAUGAAUGGGAUUCGAUGGAGGAUUACAUUCAGACGAUGAGGAGUGACUCUGCUGAUCGCGCAUUCUACAAGGCCAUCCUCUGUGUUCACCAAAACCAAUUCCCCAAGGCACUAACCCAGAUCACGAAGGCUCGCGAUCUUCUAGAUCCUGAGCUCACGUCCUUCGUCGGAGAGAGCUAUAGCCGGUCUUACAAUACGAUGGUUCGAGCGCAGAUGCUAUCCGAGCUUGAAGAAAUCAUCCAGUACAAGCAAUACGCUGACCAGCCUGAUCGCCAGCGGACUAUGCGGAAGACCUGGAUGAAACGACUGCAAGGCUGUCAGCCAGACGUCGAGGUUUGGCAACGGAUACUGCAAGUUAGGACCCUUGUUCUCAAUCCGGAAGACGAUCCCGUAAUGUGGAUCAAGUUCGCAAAUUUAUGUAGGAAGUCAGACCGAAUGGUCCUGGCUGAGAAAACCCUGAACUCGCUCUACUCCGUUGAUCGCCCGCAGUUCCUUCGGGAUCAUCGGCAUGUCAAGGCACCACCGAAUGUCGUUUAUGCUCAGCUCAAGUUCAUGUGGGCCAACGGCGCUCGAGAAGAAUGUCUCAACUUCUUGCACGAAUUCACGAACAACCUUGCCAGAGAUCUUCAACUGGAAACGAGUGAACGUGGGCAGCGACCUGGCGUCUCUAAGCAGAAGCUUGACGAGUUAUCGAGAUUGCUGGCGAGAUGUUACUUCAAGCAAGGCCAAUGGCAGGCCGAAGCUCAGGAUGGCUGGGAAUCGAGGAACAUCAAGGAGAUAUUGCACUCAUACCUGCUUGCUACUCACUACGACUCCACGUGGUAUAAGGCCUGGCACACAUGGGCACUAGCCAACUUUGAAGUCGUGGGUUAUCUGGAAAAUCAAGAGGAGACGAGAACAACAGAUGUCGUAGGGACCGGCCUGGUUGCCCAUAUUGUCUCUGCCGUCCAAGGGUUCUUCCGCUCGAUAGGUCUCAGAAAUGAGAACGCUUUGCAAGACACGCUGCGGCUCUUGACCCUUUGGUUCAAGUACGGUGCGCAUGACGAUGUUAGUCAUGCCAUGGGCAGUGGAUUCGCAACUGUGGAAGUCGACACGUGGCUGGAAGUCAUACCGCAGGUCAUUGCCAGGAUCCAGACGCCGAGUGCCAAUAUCCGCAGGAACAUCAACAAUCUCCUGACAGACGUUGGAAAACAUCAUCCCCAAGCGUUAAUCUACCCGUUGACUGUUGCUUCGAAAUCAUCAAGUUUAUCGCGCAAGAACGCUGCUCUUGCCAUCAUGGACCGUAUGCGCGAGCAUAGCUCUACCAUCGUCGAACAGGCUUUGCUCGUUAGCCAGGAGCUCAUAAGGGUAGCGAUCUUAUGGCACGAAUUAUGGCACGAGGGCCUGGAAGAAGCCUCGCGACUGUACUUCACGGAUAAGGACCCAGAGGGUAUGAUUGCUGCUUUGGAGCCAUUGCAUGAUAUGUUGGAAGCCGGCCCUACAACAGCACGCGAGACUUCUUUCGCCCAAGUCUUCGGUCGAGAUCUACAUGAAGCACGUGAGGCAUGCCGACGGUAUAGGGUAUACGGGGAUCCUGCCGAGUUGGAUAAAGCUUGGGAUAUCUAUUAUGGAGUAUUCAAGAAGAUCGAGAAGCAGUUACCACAGCUAACUACUCUUGACCUGCAAUACGUUUCCCCCGAACUCCUAAAAGCGCGUAACCUAGAUCUUGCAGUCCCAGGAACCUAUCAAAGCGGGCGACCCAUUAUCACGAUCGUCAGCUUCUCCAGUAAAUUCACAGUCAUAUCUUCCAAACAGCGUCCUCGUCGAUUCUCUCUGAGAGGAAGCGACGGUCGCGACUAUCUAUAUGUCCUCAAAGGCCACGAGGAUCUUCGGCAGGACGAGAGGGUUAUGCAGCUGUUCAGUCUGGUUAACACGUUGCUCUCUGUGGAUACGAACAGCUACAAGCGGCGUCUUCAUAUCCAAUGCUACCCGGUCAUACCUUUGGCGCCUAAUGCUGGACUUGGUGGCUGGGUGCAGGAUAGCGACACUCUUCACGUCUUGGUCAAAGAUUAUCGCGAGUCGCGAAAGGUUUUACUUAACAUAGAGUAUCGCCUCAUGUUACAGAUGGCCCCCGACUACGAAAAUCUCAUCUUGCUCCAGAAAGUCGAGGUAUUCGAAUAUGCUCUCGAGAACACCACGGGUCAAGAUCUGUACCGCGUACUGUGGCUCAAGAGUGCCAAUUCUGAACAUUGGUUGGAAAGACGUGCCACGUACACAAGGUCACUGGCGGUGAAUAGUAUGGUCGGCCACAUCCUAGGCUUAGGCGAUCGUCACCCAUCAAAUAUACUCCUCGAGCGUAAGACCGGGAAGGUCGUUCACAUUGACUUCGGCGAUUGCUUCGAAGUCGCUAUGCACCGCGAGAAAUUCCCCGAAAAGAUCCCCUUCCGAUUAACUCGAAUGCUUACCCACGCCAUGGAGGUGAGCGGUAUUGAGGGAAGUUUCCGCAAUACUUGCGAAAUCACCAUGGGUGUACUGCGAGACAAUAAGGAAUCUCUCAUGGCUGUGUUGGAGGCUUUCGUCUACGACCCUCUUAUCAAUUGGAGGCUCAUGCAACAUGAUACUGAUGCUCGUCGCGGCGAGGAUCCUGUUCGAGCUGCCGAAUUACAACGCGUCGCGGCUUACGCGCAGGGUCCGACACGUAAACUCAAAGCGGAUGAGAACGACAUUUUCAACGAAGCUCUGGGCGACCCUGGCGCGAAGCAGGAAGUCCGGAAUGAGCGGGCGCUCGCUGUAUAUAAUCGGGUUCAACACAAGCUCACGGGACGAGACUUCAACCCUGAUGUUGUACUCACCGUCCAGCAGCAAGUAGAGAAAUUAAUCCUACAAGCUACAUCGUUGGAAAACUUAUGCCAAUGUUUUUCUGGUUGGUGUGCAUUCUGGUAAACUACGGACACUGUGCCUUAUUGUAUUAUACUUUUGUAGUUUAUAUAUCCAUUAUGGGCGGUAAUAGGGAUGUUUCCAUCUCGCAUUUGCCAUUGCAGCUCAUGCUAUCCCGG